UUUGAGCAUGGGAUGCACCUUAAGAUCGGUUAGCACUCAGUUCGUUAUUUUGGGUUUACUCUGAAACUGUAGAAUAUUGUGUCUUGCGAUUUUCGUUUUCAAACUAAAUUCCCAUUUCGUAUUGCAUAUGACACAUCGAUCACUAACCAGAAACAAGCGAAUUAGAAAACGUUAAUUAGAGAACAAGAUUUUUGCUAAAGAAUUGAAAACAAUAGUCGCUCUUUUUUCGGGAAAAAGCUUCAUGAAAAGAAACAGAUAGGAUUUAAGCGUGCCUACGGUUUUUUGGCAUCAAGUCCGAGAUCACUAGUUGUAGCUGUUUUCAAUGUUUACAUCCUGUAUCUGGAGUAUAUAUUGUGUAGUAUCUCAGUUGAAAGGUUAAAAUGUCCAGUUCAUAAAUUCAUUUAUUGUAAACUUAGGAAACUGGAAUGCUAUUAGUACAAUUUAUCAUGGACGGGUCUCGGCAUAAUUCAGACAAGCUAAGGCUUCUCAAAACCCCUUCUUUAAUAAGUCGUUCUUUGAAAUAAACUCUACAAUAAACCCGUUUUCUCGCCUUUUUAUUCCUUGACUGUAUGAAUGCCGCAAAACUGAAAGUGAACGAGCUCGUAGCUUGACAAUUGCAUGUCUCAUUUUGACUGGCUGGGAACUUCCCAACACAAAUAGAUCAAGCUAGCGAGGACAUCAAAAGAAGUUUUCAAGCAUAGAUUAUAGCUUCCCCUGAGCCAAAUGGAGAAAGAGAAAUAUACACGGCAUUUAUAGCUUCCAGGAGGACAUAUCAUAAUGAUGUAGGGAAAGUCUGCAUUCCAGCUUACAUGCCAAUCCACAGCGGCUGUUUAUAUAACGAGCGUUUCCAACCUCUGCAUGCGGAGAAGAGAGCAUCAUUCCGAUGUAAAACAGGCUAGAACCAAGUUUCUCGGGGAGGCAAUCGCUCGGGUGGAAUCUGGGCACGACGAAGAGACCUCCCGAUUACAUUUUCAUUACUUUCGCUUUCGUAGCUUUCUUCGUAUUCGGCAAUACUGAACUCUUUAUCUCUCAAACAACUGCUUGCAGCUUACACACAGGUGAGUGACAAGAUACAAUGCUUAACCAACCUUCUAGUAUGAUGGUCUGUUUCACUAGCAGAUCUAAAGAAUUCAGUGUACAGUAUUAUUGAAAGUAUCAUCAAACUGCGAGUACAUUUCAGUCUCCCAUUAAACCAAACAAUAAAGCCUUAACGCUUUACCUUUCUUAUAACUUUGGCCUCUGAAAUAUAAUUAAGGCCAGGAUAAGAUAAGAUCUUUGAGAGUCUUCAUAAUCAAUGUCAACAGGCCAGAGCAACUGUGAAAUAAGCAACCGUGGAAAGAACUUGCAUUGUAUCACUUGUACGGCUUCCGGGUUUUGCCGGAUACAUCUACGGUGAAUUAAAUAUGCGAUCCAUCUCAUAAAUUGACUGAAUUUCCAUGGCGUUUAUUCACAUUAUAAGUACAGAUUUUGACAGGAGACCCUCAGCAGGUCAGUUUAUUCUAUCAGUUCGUAUUUAUAUAGCCUACUUCAGUUUUCUGCAAAUCGAUCGAUCGAUUUUGACUUCGCAUUCAACUUCACAACUAGUGAAAUUAAUUGCUUGUUAUUUGUCACACACUGCAUGGGUUUGAUUAUGGAAAUAAUGCCGUCAACCAGCUCUACAGUAGGGAUUCUAGAUCUUAGCCUUUUAAAUGUUAUGCGUCAGAAUUUAAUUCUAGAGUCUCAACACCGAUCGUCAGCGUGUUUUCUUUAUUUCAUUGAUCAGUGCAGUUGCCUUCUAGCGCUUGAGUUACUCUGAGGUCUUCAGGGAGGCAUUGGUGUCAUUACAAACCUCAUUUGUCUCUCAGUCUCAUUAAACAGGAACUACUUGCCAUGGAGAAAGUGGAGAAAAUAAUUGAAGCCUUAAAACUCUACAAGGAAACCGGGCACAAAGAGGCAGAGGGGAACUCUUACAUCGACCUCGGGAGCCUCUACCAUGAUCUAGGUCAACAAGAGAAAUCCAUCGAGUAUUUUGAAAAAUCGCUCUCGGUUUUUAGCGAAAUCGGAAACAAAGCUGGAGAAUUGAGUACAUGCAGCAAGCUUGGAGGCGCCUAUGAUUCUCUUGGCAGGCAUAACAAAUCCAUCGAGUAUUUCGAAAAAGCGCUCUCAUUAAGCAAAGAAGUUGAAGACAGAAGAGAAGAAGGGGAAGCGCACAGAAAUCUUGCUGGCGCAUUCUAUGCUCUCAGUUUGCACGGUAAAUCGAUUGAGCAUAUUGAAAAUGCACUUAUGAUAAGUGUAGAAAUUGGCAACAAAAGUCUACAAGGAGAUUCGUACAGCGAGCUCGGUCAAGUGUAUUACUCUACUGGUCACUAUGACAAGGCCAGAUCUAACUUCGAGAAAGAGCUGAAAAUAAGACAAGUACUAGAAGACAAACGCGGCGAGGGGCGAUGUUGCAAUCUUCUUGGUAAUGUUUACCAUGCUCUCAGUCAGUAUGAGAAAUCCAUCGAUUGCCAAAAGAACGCUCUGAAGAUAAGCGAAGAAACCGAAGACAGGAAAGGAGAAGGGAAUGCUUACAACAGCCUCGGCGAAGUGCACCGUGCUCUUGGCGAGUAUGAUACAUCGCUCAGAUACUUGCAGCAAGGUCUUGAAAUAAGCAAGGAAUCGCGCAAUAAACCCGGAGAAGGUAUGUUCUACAGCAGUCUUGCCACAGUUUUUCUUGCCCUCGGUGAAUAUGAGAAAGCGAUGGAUAACUCUACCAAAAGUCUUGAAAUUUGUACAGAGAUAGGAAACACACGCGGGAAAGGCAAAUCUUACAGCAACAUGGCUGCAGCAUAUAAAGCCCUUGGUCAAUCCCAAAGAUGUCUGGAGUAUUAUGAAAAAAGCCUCGAGAUCGCCCAAUCUCUGGGAGACAAACAUGGAGAAGGAACGAUGUACAAUAAUCUUGGUACGAUGUUUUAUGCUCUUAGUCAAUACGAGAAAUCGUUAAACUACUACCAGAAAGGCAUUGAGGUCUUCAAAGAAAUAGGAGACAGACAUGGACAAGGAAGAGCCUACCUAAACCUCGGUAACGUACAUGAAGCUCUUGCUAAUUAUCAAAAGUCGCUGGACUCACUACAGGAAUCUCUAGAAAUCAGUCAAGAAAUCGGGGACAAAGAGGCCGAAGGGGUGACUUACAGCAGCAUUGGUGACGUAUAUAGCUCUCUUGGCCAGUUUGAGAAGUCCAUUGAAUGUCAGGCGAAAGCCCUUGAAAUCUACGAAACGACUGGGGGAAAGGAAAGGAUGGGAGAAUCGUAUAACAAGCUAGGCAGCGUUUACAGUGAUCUCGAACGGUACCAAGAGGCAUUGGUCUAUUACGAGAAAGGUCUUGAGAUAAGAAAAGCGAUCGGUAGUAAGCAAGGACAAGCAGCAUCAUACAACAACUUUGGCAGCGUCUACUACGAGCUCGGCCAGUAUGAGAAGUCAAUCCAGAAUCACGAGGAGGCGCUGGCUAUCAGGAAAGAAAUUGGCGACAGACGAGGGGAAGGGACAUCUUACAACAACCUCGGUAGUGUAUACAGCAAAUUACAGCAGUAUGACAAAGCAGUUGAUUAUUUCAAGAAAAGCCUCGAAAUCAGUGAAGAGAUUGGCAAUAAGCUGGGUGAGAUAGCAUCCCAAGGUCAUCUGUGUCUCUUGUGGUACGCUCGUGGGCAAUAUGGAAAGGCGAUUGAGAGUGAGGAAAGGGCACUUGCUGUAAAAGAAGCCAUUGACGACAAACGUGGAGUGGUUACCUCGUGCGUCAAUCUUGCAAGUAUUUACCACGAACAUAGCCAAUAUGAAAAAUGUAUCGGGCAGUUUAAGAAAGCUAUUCAAGUCAGCGAAUCCAUGUGUGACAAGCAACAACUACUACAACUGUACACCAAUCUUGGUGAUGUGUAUAAAGCUCUGGGCCAGUAUAAAGAAGCGAUUGAGUGCCACAUGGAAGUCCUCGACAUCUGCGAAACACUGUGUGACAAAAAGGAAGAAGAAGCAUCAUGUAGCAAGCUCAGUAUUCUGUAUAAAGCUCUUGGCCAAUACGAUAAAUCUGUCAAAUACAGAGAGAAAGCCCUGGAAAUCUGCAAAACUCUACCGGGAUAUAAACCAGCAGAAGGAAGAUCCCACGAGCUUCUUGGUAUCUUGUACCAUGCUGUCGGUCAAUUUGAGAAGUCAGUUGAGUGCGCAGAGAAGGCAAUCGAGAUUUUUAGAACGACUGGUUUCAGAGGGGCUGAAGGAAGAUCAUACAGCCAACUUGGAAAUCUUUAUUAUGAUAUCGGCCAGUAUCAAAAGGCUGUUGAAAAUCAUGAGAAGAGUCUCGAAAUCCGGAAAGCCAUUGGUGACAAGAAAGGAGAAGGAACCUCCCACAAUAAUCUAGGCUCCGCGUACUGUGCACUCAAUGAGAUCAAGAAGUCUAUCGUAUCCUGUAACAGAAGUCUUGAAAUCAGAAAAGAAAUUGGGGACAAAGAAGGGGAAAUAACGUCCUACAAUAACCUCGGUCUUGUCUACCUACUACUUGGGCACCAUGAAAAGUCAAUUGAAUGUCAAGAGAAGGCGCUUGAAAUCAGCAAGGAAAUUAAGGACAAACAAGGAGAAGGAACGUCAUACACCAACCUUGGUGUUGUGUAUCACUCUAAAUGGGAAUAUGAGAAGUCACUCUGUUACGAAGGGAAGGCACUCGCGAUCUAUAAAGAAGUUGGCGAUAAAGUACGAGAAGGAAUUUCUUACAACAACCUUGGCAUAUUAUAUUACAUUUUUGGUCAACAUCAGAACUCUGUUGACUGUUUUGAAAGGGCUCUUAACAUCAAGAAAGAAUUCGGAGACAAAGCAGGGCAGGAAUCGUGUCACAGCAGCCUUAGCCUUUUGUAUAUCACCACCGGCGACUAUGAGAAGUCUAUCGAGAAUCUAGAGGAAGCCCUUCAAAUUUGCUCAGCCGUCGGCAAUAGAGAAGGUGAAAUACGCUCCCACGAUGCGCUCGGUACAGCAAAUUAUUUUUCUCGCCGUUUAGAAAAAUCAAUCCAACACCAAGAGAAAGUGCUUGAAUUCAGUAAGGCAGCUGGAGACAGGAAAAGAGAAGGAACGUCUUACAGCAAUUUAGGCACAAUCUAUCAUGUUCAAAAGCAAUUUGAGAAAUCAGUUGAGUAUCAAGAGAUGGCGCUUAGCAUCUUUAAGGAGAUCGGAGACAAACAUGGAGAAGCAGCGUCGUGCAGCAACCUUGGCAGUACGUUUUGUGCCCUUAGUCAGUACGAGGAGUCCCUGUUGCAUCAUGAAAAAGCGUUAGGGAUCUGUAAAGAGAUUUAUGCCACAAGAGGAGAGUUGAGAUCUUACAAAGACCUUGGCAGUGCUUAUCAUCUUCAGGGCCAACUGGAAAAGUCUAUCUCGUGUUACACAAAAUGUCUGGAGAUCAGCAAAGAAAUUGGGGACAAGCAAGAAGAAGUUGCAUCCUACCAGAAUCUAUACACCUUAUGCAAUGCACUUGGCGAACACGAGGAAGCUUCCAUUUACCUAGAGAAAGCGCAGGCGAUUAAGCACGACUCUGGAGAGAGACAACAGGAAGGUCAAUCUGACGAGCGACCUGUUCAGUGUGUGUACUACAUUUGUGAUCUUUACGAAAAAUCUAUUGAGCGUGAAAAAUUCUCAUGUGGAAUCAUCGAUGCAGUCCGAGGAGUCGAUCCCAUUCCGAGAGAAUCUGGGGUGAAAAUUGAGAUGUCGAUCAAAUAUCACGAGAGAGAAGUGGAAAUCAGGAGAGCAACCGCUGACAGACAUGGAGAGGGAAGAUCCUACCGCGCUCUUGGAUACGAAUACAUCACUCUUGGCCAAUAUAAGACGUCUCUUGACUAUUUCGAGAAAGCAGUUGAAAUAAGCGAAGUGAUUGGCAGCAGGAAAGCCAAAUCACACUCUUACAGUGGCCUUGGUACUGUGUAUCUUGCUCUUGGCCAGUACGACAAAGCUCUGAAGUAUCAAAAGGAGUCAUUGAAAAUUGAUGAAGAGAUCGAAGACAAGGAUGGAGAAGGAGCAUCCUACACGAACCUGUCAGUCAUAUACCGUGCCUUCGGCCAAUAUGAAAAAGCAAUCGAGUAUCAAAACAAGGCACUCGAGAUCUGCAUUGAAAUACAAGACAGGAAAGGCGAGGCUGCAUCAUACAACAACCUCGGCAGUAUAUACAAUGCUCUUGGCCAAUAUGAUGCCUCAAUACAUUUUCAGGAGAAGGCUCUUAAAAUCAGAAAAGAUUUAGGCGACAGAGAAGGAGAAGGAAUUUCUUACGUCAACCUAGGCAAUGUUCAGUAUGCUCUUGGCCAGCAUGAGAAGGCCAUCGAGUACUUAGAAAGAGGACUUGAAAUCGUCAAAGAGACUGGAUUGAAAGGAAGAGAACACCUGGUUUUAUGCGGCUUAGCCAUGAGUCAUUUUCAGGAGAAAAGUUUCUCGAAAGCAUCCGACUAUUUCUUUGGGAGCAUUGAAGGCCACGAAAAUGUAAGAAAGUCUCUUAAAGAUGAAGACAAGCUCUCAUUAGAUGAUCAAAACAUUUCAUUUUACAAGGGACUGACAGAGACGUUGAUUUUCCUUGGUAAGGUAGAUGAUGCCCUCUGUACAGCGGAACGGGGACGGGCUCGUGCUCUCUUAGAUUUGCUAUACUCGAAUUUUGGAAUCCAGGAGGUUAAUAAAACAAGUGAAUUCACUCUGAGUUCGUUGGCAAGCCUCUUGGAAAAGCAGCGGAGUGAUUUUCUUUUCAUGAGCAUCAUAACGGAGCAAAUCUAUCUCUGGGUCAUGGAAAAGGGUGGCAAAAUAAACUUCAAGAUUGGAACAGAGCUAUCAGCAAAUGAGAAAGAAAAGUCUUUGCGAGAUCUUGUAGCGAUCACUUUGAAAUCCUUGCCAACAGACGACAGAGAAGAAUACGAUGACAGAUCCUUGUCAGCAUUCUAUGAAGACGAAUCAUCAACAGCAGAAGAACAAAGUGAAGCAACCAGUCAGCACCAUCUCCGAGGUAACGAAGAAGAAGAAAGAGGAGCCAAUCUAAAAAGGUUGUACCAAAUGAUCAUUGCGCCCAUUGCUGAUCUUAUCCAAGGUCCAGAGAUUGUCAUUGUCCCAGAAGGAGGACUGUUCUUGGUCCCAUUUGCAGCCUUGCAAGAUUCCGAUGGAAAUUACUUGUCACAAACAUAUCGAAUCCGCCUCACUCCCUCUUUGACAUCACUUCAGGUCAUUCAAAGUUUCCCAGAAAAUUACCAGUCUCAAACUGGGGCAUUGAUUGUGGGCGAUCCGACGGUUGGCCUUGUGGAAUUUGAUGGAAAAGUCGGGGUUUUGAAACCUCUACCAAAUGCCAGAACUGAAGCAGAUAUGGUCUCCCGGUAUGUUCCAGCACCAUAUUUCAAGCUUAUUGGAGAGCAAGCCACUAAGGCUGAAGUAUUGAAAAGAAUCCAGGAAGUAGGGCUAGUGCAUAUUGCAGCCCAUGGUGAUGCAGAGAGAGGAGAAAUUGCCCUUGCGCCAAAGGACCGUACCGCUGAAAUCGUCAAAAAGGGAGAUUUCAUGCUGACAAUGGAGGACGUAGCAAAAGUCGGCAUAAAGGCCAAGCUGGUAGUACUCAGCUGCUGUAAUAGUGGUCGUGGUAAGAUCAUGACAGCCGAGGGAGUUGUCGGAAUAGCUCGGGCGUUUCUUGGAUCUGGUGCUCGCUCCGUUUUGAUGUCGCUAUGGCCUGUUAACGAUGCAGCUACCAAAGUCUUCAUGAACGUGUUCUACAGGAGUUUAAUGCGGGACCAAAAGAGUGCAAGCGAGGCUCUUCACCUCUCUGUAAAGAAAUUAAGAGAGUCAGCAAUAUACAAGCACUUCAGGCACUGGGCUGCUUUUGUCCUCCUUGGAGACGAUGUUACAUUUGAUUGACGAAUGACUGGUGUGAGUAUCAGUAGUAUUAGGACUAAUUUUUACCCUGUAAUCUAUCGUAAUUUUCCUUCUGGUGUAACACCAUCCUGCUGGAAAUGCCUUCAUAUGUGGCAAGUCAACUGGACAUACAUGAGUAGCGUGUGUGUUACUUUCUCAACAAUUUGGUUUUCGGUUCAUAAUGGUGAGUUUAAAUCCGCGGAGAAAGCUGCAGUGAGGCAGUUCGCAUAUGGGUUAACUCGGGUCGCAUUUAUUUUAGGAAGAAAUGUCAAAAGCUUUCACUGACAGUAUAUCAAUAGCACUUUCUCACUUUUGCUCGUACUGAACAGUUCUGUCGACGGAAUAGCUCAUUCUCUUUCACUGGACGAUUAUUUUCGCGGAUGUAGCUAGGAUCGCCAUUCUUAAAAUUAAAAGGACUUCUUGGCUAUAAGAUAGGUAGCUAUUCAUUUCUAUGUGCAUAUUCUUAAUCCACUUGAGAACUUGAGAAUUGGUUUGGUUUAUUGAUGACAACUCAUUAGUUUCCCGGCAACGGCUCGUUUAAAAAUUAUCUUCA